AUGGCAGACGCAGCAGCGGCAGAGUCUCGCGCCGACGCCGACGCCGACGGCCCCACCCCGGACUCCGCCGACGACUUCGAGUUCUGCAUCCUGUCGUCCGGUGGCAUCGUCCCGGCCGGCAAGGGCGCGGGGACGGACAUGUGCGUGGCGGACGAGCUCUUCUGCCAGGGCAAGCUGCUCCCGCUCCGCGCGUCCUCGGGCGCGGCCGCCGACGGCGCGAGCGUCGCCGCGCUGCCGAGGUCGGAGUCGGCGGCUUCCACCGUGGGCCUCGUGUCGCGGUCGGGCAGCCGCAGCGCGAGCUCCAGCGGCAGCAGCAGCGGGUGCGUCAGCCGGAGCCAGUCGUCCAAGAGCGCCUCCUCCGACCAGGGCGCCGCCGCCGCGCCGCCGCGGCGCUCGGUGUCGAGCAGCGUGUUCUACGCGCACCCGAGCCCGUCACCGCAGCUGCGCUCGGCGCGGCCCCGCCGCAGCACCGGGUCCGCCGCGCAGCCUCCUGCCGCCGCGUGGGCCCUGUUCCGCCUCGGCGUCGUCGGGGUCCCGGACGUGUACCCGCCGCCGCCGCGCCCCGCGGCCGACGCCAAGGUCGCCGCCGCCGCAGCGAGAGGCGGGGGCAGCAGGAGCGCGCGGUUCGAGCAGGUGGCCACCGCUGUUGACAGGAAGCUUGGAUUAGCGGCGCUGUUCGGGGACGGCCUCGGAUGCAAGUGCUCGCCCGACGUCAUCGAGCCCGUGCGCACGCUGGAGGCGGCGAAGCGGGGCAGGAAGAAGGACGGCGCCAAGAGCGGCGGCCACGGCGUCGCCGUCCGGCGUAGUAGGAUCCUCGACUGGCUCGAAGAGCUCUCCAUUGUCAAGGAAAAGAAGUAG